CUUUCUCCGUUUCAUUUUUUGUCCUCUUACUUUUGUAUUUUGAUUUUUUAAUCGAACCCUAGUUUAUAUGCUCAAUGAUCUCUGAAUAAUUUUUUCUCAUUAUCCAGCUUUCUCUCUAAUGCCCUAGCUUCAAUUUUUUUUACAGUACUAUAAACCCUAAGUUCGCCGUACUCAGGUUGUCCAUUCCUUCGAAAUCUUAGUCUAAUAUGAGUCGGCCGAUGGAGGAAGAUGCUCCUAGUAAGAACGAGGAAGAGGAGUUCAACACAGGUCCACUUUCUGUUCUUAUGAUGAGUGUUAAGAACAACACACAGGUGCUCAUCAACUGCCGCAAUAACAUAAAGCUUUUGGGACAUGUGAGGGCUUUUGAUCGCCACUGUAACAUGGUUCUAGAAAAUGUGCGGGAGAUGUGGACUGAGGUGCCUAAGACAGGGAAAGACAAGAAGAAAGCACUUCCAGUUAACAAAGAUCGCUUUAUCAGUAAGAUGUUUCUUCGUGGAGAUUCUGUCAUCAUCGUCCUCAGAAAUCCUAAGUAACAGGUGAUUUGCAAGCAAUUCUUUCUUUAGCAGCCACAAGAUAUUUCUUUUUCUGUCGAUCCACAUCUACUUCAUCCUUAUCUAGCAAUUAUCUUUGGUUAAGACGUGCCUUUUUUCUGUUGUGCAUCUCGAUUGCUGUAAGAAUUGAUUAUUUGUUUUUAAGCAUUUCUCUCAAUUUUUGUUGUUUGGACUUCAAAUUUGGUAUGCCCCUACAAUAUAAACGAGUCGUGUUAUACAUAAUAAUCUUUUUAAU